GUCGGAAGGGGGCUGGCCUCGAUAAAAUCCGGAGCACAAAAAGGAGAAGAUUCGGCUUAGAAAAAUCACUACCGGAGACCUGACACACACUGAUCCUGAUGGCUCCCGCUGUGAUUCUCAUCGGCUGUCUGCUGGCCACAAUCAGCUGCGUAACCACAGUUUUCAAUACGACAACUGCAGCCCCUCCAGUCAUCUCCACUAUAAACCCUUCAGUCAACGCCACUGCAGCUACACCCAAAGUUUCCAAUACGACAACUGCAGCCCCUCCAGUCAUCUCCACUAUAAACCCUCCAGUCAACGCCACUGCAGCUACACCCAAAGUGACAAGCAACCCCAGCAAUGCGACCACCAUCCCUUUAACCACACGGCCUGGAGUGACCAAUGCAACAAACACAACUACCACUCAAUCUCCUGCCGUUUUCAAUACCACAACUGCACCCCCUCCAGUCAACUCCACUGCAGCUACACCCAAAGAUGUUCUCACAUUACUCACUAAUCUGGACGUGGAGAUUUUGGCGGAGGAGUCGUCCACUGAAGAGGAGCAUCAGGCUGCACUGCGUGAGGUGAGAGGAGCAUCCAGUUCACAUACACUACACCCUUAA